AUCGUUCCUUCUGAAGUGUGAGGAGUUCGAUGGUAUUAAUCAGAUGGACUUUUAACGAGAAACAAAGAUGGCAAGUGAUGAAGGCCAAUAUGUUCUUGGGAUUGAUCUCGGCACGUCUUCAGUUAAGGUCAGUUUGCUUCGCCAGGCGUGUGGAUCUGUGAUAUCGACAGUAUCCAAAGCUACUAAUGCUGAUGUGCCCAGCGAUGUAGAAACGGGAUCUGAACAGAUGCCGUCAAAGAUUUUCACUACACUCCAAGAGUGUCUGUCCGAACUUCCGGUGGACAGACGUCGUCAGGUCACGUGUAUUGGGGUUACAGGUCAAAUGCAUGGCGUCGUCUUGUGGACCAAACUAAAGAAUGAAGGUUGGUGCGUACCACCCACGAGUCAUUUAUACACAUGGCAGGACCAGAGGUGUACGACUGAGUUCCUCAGGUCAUUACCCCAACCUAAUUCACACCUCCCGCUCUCUACCGGUCAUGGAUGCGCUACAUUGUGUUGGCUACAAGAGCACAGACCGGAAAUGAUUGCGGGCUACACGUGUUCCGGGACAAUCAUGGACCUAUUGGUGGCGCUGCUGUGCGGUCUAGUUACGCCUGUCACUACGGUACAAUUGGCGGCCAGCUUCGGGUUCUACAAUACAAAGACGAUGUCAUGGAACAAUGAGCUUCUUCAGAAAGUCGGGUUUCCUUUACAAAUAUUACCGAAUGUGGCGGAACCAGGUCACAUGGCAGGCAAUCUGCAAUAUGAUUGGAUGGGUAUCCGUAAAGACACGCCCAUUCUAGCAGCGCUGGGAGAUGUGCAAUGUGCGGUCUUCUCAGUAGUGUCAAGUGCAUCAGACGCUGUCUUGAAUAUGAGCACCUCAAGUCAAAUGAUGUUUCCGGUGAGACCAGACGGCGGAGUACCCGACAAACCAAAUGUGACGUCAUCUAUCCAAUACUUUCCGUACUUUGACGGUACCUACCUGGCUAUGGCUGCCAGUCUUAAUGGUGGGAAUGUCCUUUCAAACAUGGUUUCUAUGUUACAGCAGUGGUUUAAGACAUUCGGAUUCCAUGUUGAUGAAGACAACAUUUGGAGCAAGUUGCUGGAGUUGAGUUCAGACGCUUCUCCGGGACCAGUAAUUAUGCCGACACUGUAUGGAGAGCGACAUCUUCCGGAACGACAUGCAUCUGUUUCCGGUCUGACGCAAAAUAACCUUGACCUUGGAUCAAUAUUCAGGUCAUUAUGCAAGGGCCUUAUUGCCAAUUUGUGUGACAUGAUGCCGACUUCUGUUAUGAAGAAGCACGGCAUCACUACAAUCAAAGCAUCAGGGUCCGUGAUCGAUAGAAAUCCAAUCAUCCGUGAGGAAGUGACAAAGCAUUAUGGGAGCUUCAAAGUAGAGUCGGGCAACAGUUGUGACUCGGCUACGGGAGCUGCUAUGUUCUGUGCGAAGCAAUUACAAUAAUAUAAAAACGAUUCUAACUUU